AUGUCUCAAGAUGAAGAGCUAGUCACAGUUCCUGUCGCAAAGCUACAGCAAUUAGUAGAAUAUGGCAUUCAAGUAUUAAGAGAAAGCAGGAGCAGAGCAAACGUCGGUGGAAUUGACCUAGAGAAUAAUGUAGCUCCGGUGCUAGAAGCAUCUUCUGCACUGCGCCCUUAUCAAACACGACCUGAGGUUCCACGAUCACAAAACCGUCCAAAGCACCUAGAUGAAUUUUUAGCUCGGGCUUGUGCCAAUCCCUGGCCAAUUCCAAUCCUGGUAAAGAUCCUAAUCUCCAUUGUCAAAACGUCAAUUGAACUGAGGAACUCUACAACUUCAACAAUCGGGGCUAUUAUUGAGCGGUGCUAUGCAAGCGGAGUACUGAGGCAACCUGAAGAUGCCCCGUUGAACCCCGAAAAUGUUAUUUUUCACACUGAACUGAGGCAAGAUUAUGGCAUCCAUAUCCUUUUGGUUGCAAUAUCCUUAAAAAUAUUCAAUGAUUGUUUAAUAGAAGAUGAUUUGGGCCUGGUUCACAAUAGCCGUCAGAUACUAUGGUCUCCCACGGAUCUUUUAAGAGACGCUUGUGGAGGUGCCAGUCUUGAACAAAUUCUUGCUUUUCAAGGACCAGAACUUGUGGUAUCUAUUCUAUAUUUGUCGAGAAGUACAAAACCACGGAUGUCAUUCGAACUGUCCCACACAAAUGCUGGACGAAUUGAUGAUCUAAAUAUCGAGUCUUUAAAGUCGAUCGGUGAUCUUCGGGUAGUCUGGACGGAUAUAUUUGAAGAACAUCUACUUUUGAAUCAUCAAAAGAAAUAUCUGAAAAUUGCGCGCCUGCGGCCAUUUAUCUGGGGAAUGUUGAGUAUUUUCCAGAACGACUGCAUAUACCGUGAACCACAAGAGCUGUCAGUUUUGAAGGAAGUAAAAGCUGAUAUUGAAAAGACAUGGGCCAUAAUUUUCUCGAUAUCACCUCUGGGGGAGAACUCCAAGAAUAAACUGAAGAUCAGGGAAAAGCUUAAACAAGAGUACGAGACGGUCACGGAUGAAAAUCAAAAUCCAGUGAACACCUGCAGCAUCGAAACCCUUAAACAAUACCAUAUGCCAUGGAUAGAGGAUGACUCCGCAACCGGCAGAGUGCAAUCAUACUACGAAUCACGAUGGGAGAAUCUCCAAGGAAUUAUUCAAACAAAGCAAAACAAAAGCACCAUAGAUUACUCCAAUUUUGGCAUGUUCGAGGAUCGUGUUCAAGAACUUCGACAGUAUAUGGACAGUCAAAAGCCGCGUGGUUUGCGGCAAUUACUGCGAGAUUCUAGGGAUGCCCUUAACUAUUAUACUUUUAUGGGUGUCAUUAUCUUCGGACUGCUGACGGUUUUUCUUGCUUUGGCGUCUUUUGCGGUUGGGGUCGCUCAGGCGUAUGCCUCGUUCAAAGCGUUGGAUAUGCCUUCUUAUUAG